UCCUCGCGCCCGGGCGCCGCGGAGCCAUGCAGUACCCUCACCCCGGGCCCGCGGCGGCCGGCGCCGUAGGGGUGCCGCUGUACGCGCCCACGCCGCUGCUGCAGCCCGCACACCCGACGCCGUUCUACAUCGAGGACAUCCUGGGCCGCGGGCCCGCCGCGCCCACCCCCACCCCCACGCUGCCGUCCCCCAAUUCCUCCUUCACCAGCCUCGUGUCCUCCUACCGGACCCCGGUGUACGAGCCCACGCCGAUCCACCCCGCCUUCUCGCACCACUCCGCCGCCGCGCUGGCCGCAGCCUACGGACCCGGCGGCUUCGGGGGCCCUCUGUACCCCUUUCCGCGGACGGUGAACGACUACACACACGCCCUGCUCCGCCACGACCCCCUGGGCAAACCCCUGCUCUGGAGCCCUUUCUUGCAGAGGCCCCUGCAUAAAAGGAAAGGUGGCCAGGUGAGGUUCUCCAACGACCAGACCAUUGAGCUGGAGAAGAAGUUUGAGACCCAGAAAUAUCUCUCUCCGCCAGAGAGGAAGCGUCUGGCCAAGAUGCUGCAGCUUAGCGAGAGGCAGGUCAAAACCUGGUUUCAGAACCGCCGCGCUAAAUGGAGAAGACUAAAACAGGAGAACCCUCAAAACAAUAAAAAAGAAGAACUGGAAAGUAUAAACAAUCCUUGUGACCAGAGGCAAGACUUGCCCAGUGAACAGAAUAAAGGUGCUUUGGAUAGCUCUCAGCAUUCACCCUCCCCUGCCUCCCAGGAAGACCUUGAAUCCGAGAUUUCAGAAGAUUCUGAUCAGGAAGUGGACAUUGAGGGCGAUAAAGGUUAUUUUAAUGCUGGAUGAUAACCACAGACACUGGCAUGUUCAGAAAACCGGAAUAACAUUUGCUCCAGAAAAAUCUUCACAGAUAAGCUGGAAAACUAUAUUAGAACAGAAAUCAUUUUUCUGGUAUUCUUGAAACCUAAAAUAUUUGGUUCACUGGCUAAAUAAAAAAUUCACAGUGAAACCUUAAUUUUGCCUUAAGAAAUGGUUUAUGUACUGAUUUAGGUUCUCUGAUAGAGUGACUCUUCACUAAUGAAAUGCACCCCCUAUAACAAUUUUUUAUUUAUAAAAAAUUGUGAACUUUUGUUAAAUUUUAAGUUAUAACUUUAAAGAUUUUAAAGGAGUUUUCUUGAAUGACUUUUCUAUGAUCUCUGUCGAUAUCCCCCUUAAAGGAAAAAGCAGAAGUGUGCCUUGAAAAGGGGACCAAAAUUCAGGCAGCCUUGGGCUAUUAAAGAAAACAUUCUUUACUUUUCUAUGACUUACUUAUACUGCUGCCUUAAAUCCAAAACCAUUUCAGAACUCUUGGAGAUGUAUGUGCUCUUUUUGUCAGCUAUAGUUGAUAAUAAAUGCUUGUUUUGCACUAUAACUAAGUACCUGCCUGACCCAGGUGUUAAGGGUAGAUAGUAACAGUCCAAUUCAAGCAAAGCAACUGACUCCUUGGUGACUAAAAUUAAUCACAGGUGAACAAGAAGUAGGUUAAUUACAUGUAAGUAGAUUGUAGAUAUUAUGUUUUAUAUCAAACAGUGUUUAUAAUGUGUGUAUAUAUAAUUGUUCACUGUAAAAAAAAU